GCCAGCGUUCUCAUGGGAAUCACCAUGACGUGUGCUUUCGCUGCGGCCCUUUCCGCUCCUCUCAUCACUUCUGCAAUUGUCCAAGAGCACACCCAACAAGAAUGGCGGAUCGUUUUUUUCCUGGUGGCUGGAUUUAACAUUGUCGGGGGGCUAGUGUUUGUGGUGUUUGCCAAAGGUGAAGAACUAGAUUGGGCCAAAGACACUCCCGCGGUGACACCCGAUGCCGAGGUUGGUGAGAAACCACCCCUCGACAGUCCAUUCAAUAUGGAAACAUCCAAAUAUGGCAACGGGAAUAUCAACAAAGGUUACCUCGGAGAUACUGACAGUGAGAUCUCUGCGACAGAGAGUGACUUAGGGCAAAAAGAGUUGUCCCAAAAGAAAAAUUGCCACGUCUAACAUACAAAAUUUUGAUGGUAGACUGUGAAGAGUGUUCAUGUAGAUAGUGUUCAUAUGUAAAUAUACGUGUACAUAUAUCAUUUAUUCAGGAAGAGCAAAAUAAUGCAUUUGUAAACAAGUUAGCUUGUUUGGUUGAUAUGAGAUCUAAUAGUGAUCGAAGCCUUGAGUAUAGACACCAUAUACAUGUUUGUGUAAAAAGGUGGUGAAAUGGGGUUUAACGUCGUGUCAAAGAUUGUUGCACUUAUAUAGCGA